AUGUUCGACGAGGCAAAGGCGUUUGUUUUGUCCCGUCCUCUGACCUUUUUGGCAUCGGCUGGAGCAGUUUAUGUGGCCUUUAAAAUCAAGAAGUUCUUCACUCUUCCGUCCAUCAAACCGAAGCCAGGAAUCCACAAAUUCGAUUACAAACCUGACACCGUCUAUAUCUAUCAGUUCCGACGACUUAAAAACUGUCCAAAUAUGUCACCAUUCUGCAUGAAAAUCGAAAUAAUUUGUAGAGUUUAUGGAAUCAACUAUGAGGUUAUUGAAAACGCGAAGCUUCGUUCCAGAAACGGCACACUGCCAUUCAUUGAGCUCAACGGGGAACAUAUUUCGGAUUCUGACUUGAUUGAAAUUCGAUUGAGACAACAUUUCAAGAUUCCGGACUUCAAUCCCUAUAUCAUUCCACUCGCAAUCCCAUUCAUGAAACAGACAAUUGGAGGACAAAUCUAUAAAAACUCCACAUCAGCAAUUGGAGAUUUUGAGCCAGAAGAGCUUGACGAGCUGCUUCAUAGAGAUUUGAAAGUUUUCGAAACGGUUCUUGAAGAUAAGAAAUUCUUAUUUGGAGAUCAAAUCACUCCCGUGGAUGCUGCAUUUUUCAGUCAACUGGCCGCUGUCUAUUAUCCAUUCCACACUCAUAUCACGGAGGUCCUAGAAAAGGAUUUCCCAAAGAUUCUCGAGUUUUGUGAAAGAGUCAAAAGCCAAGUUUAUCCAAAUGAUUUCUGUGUUUAA